AGAGUCGCCUUCCUCCACUUCCUCUCCAUCUACAGCUCUGUUCACCCGUGUCGGACAUCCAAUUACCACUUAACAAUAUCAGCCACUUUUUACACUGCAACCAUGUCCAACCUGGAGACAGCCAUGGCCCUCCUAAUGAAGACCUUUGACACCUACGCUGGUGCUGAUGGCCGUAAGGACUCACUAAGCAAAGCUGAGGUCAAGACUUUGCUGGAGAAGGAGAUGCCGGGACUGCUCAAGGCAGCGAAGAACCAAUGUGAGGUGGACAAGCUGAUCCAAGGUCUGGAUUUUAACGGAGACUCUGAGGUGGACUUCAGUGAAUUUGUUGUGUUGGUAGCUGCUGUAACCUGCGCCUGCCACGACCGCUGUUCCAAGUGAGCACACCCCAAGGUGGGGACAGAUGGCGCCAGCAAAGAGAUAAAAGUCCCUGUGGUGACUGUUUGGUUUAUCACCUAAAUUAAAUGAUUAACUUACCAUUUA